GGAAACGGUGGCUGGUCGGUUGUGAUGCGGACUGGAUCAUGGGCGCAGCAUGUGAUUCGGCCAAGCAUUCUACCCCUAUUCGCAAAUCCGCCACAACGAACCUACGGAUUCGUUGGUUGGUGGAAGCUUAGAGUAGAGUAGAAGCCAAUGGGCUGGGCUGGGGCCGGGAGAAGGUGUAGGCAGUCACUGCUGACUGGCCAUUCCCUUGCGCUGGAAGAGAAGGGAAGGGAAGGAGGGCCUUGCAAGUUGCAAUUCAUGCAUUUAUUACAAGUUAUGCAACUACGGGGGAGUUCCCGGACAGGUGCUCCUCGCAAUCAGAGAUGGGUUGAUUCGAGUAUUAAGUUUAAGCUCAAACUCGAGGUUGGGGUCAAGUUCAAGCUCAAACUCGAGGUUGGGGUCAAGUUCAAGCUCAAGCUCAAGUUUGGGUUCAAGUUGAAGCUCAAGUUCGAGUUCAGGCUUAAGCUCGAGCUCAAGCUCAAGUUUGGGUUCAAGUUGAAGCUCGAGCUCGAGUUCAAGCUCAAGCUCAAGCUCAAGCUCAAGCUUUACGGCAAAGGUGGACAGGCAGGUAGCUACCCCGCAGGCUCAUCUCAUUCGGCGCACGCUCAGCUUCUCGGCGUCAACCCACUGCGACAACCCACCGCGACAACCCACCGCGACAACCCACCGCGCCAUGCACGACCGUACUUGACGAUGAAGUCACGGGGGACGCUGUGGACGCUGUGGACGCUGUGGACGCUGUGGACGCUGUGGACGCUGUGGACGCUGUGGACGCUGUGGACGCUGGAACACUGCAACACUGCAACACUGGACGAAAACUCCCGCAACCGGUUCCGCUACGCCCGCUUCCCGGGUGUCUAA